CACAAAUUUAUCUGAAUUAACAUUUUUUCUUCUCUCUCUGAAAAUAAACAGACCACCUCCCUGUGUGUACGAUCGAGGACCAGCUUAUCGGCAGGGAGAGCUCUGUUCAAACCGGAAAAGCUGCAAUGACAGAAGACAAGGACCUGUGCAAUCUUGUAUGCGAGGACGAGGAUUUCAUCAGCCGCGUGAUAAUCCAGCCUCUGAGCACCCAGGCAUUACGUGACCCAAAGGCUGUUCAUAACACCACCUAUCCCAGGGAGAGGAGAGCUGUCGUGGCCGUUUACUACCCGACCCUCUCUCACCAAGUCACUCUUCAGUCCAAGCCCAACAUUGAGUAUUGGUUCAGCAAGCUCGGCGGGGACCUCGGCAUGUGUGUUGGCGCUUCUGUCAUCACCAUCAUCGAGGUGAUCUUGUUCCUGCUUUAUCUCCUGCUUCUCCUGCUCAAAAAGCUCGCCCGCGGAAUCUCCUCACUGCUUACCGGCUAA